AUGGAUUUCGAGUCCAUCGCCUUAACCACUCGGCCACGACUACAAGAAUGUGGUGGCGUGUUGACGGAUUCUGGGGGGACUCUCAGUUCUCCAAAUCACCCAGGCUUGUAUCCUCCUGAUUCUCACUGCGUAUGGGUGAUCAGGGUGUCUCCUCCUUUCCUAGUGCAGAUCCAAGUGUCAUCUCUGGCUAUUGAGGGACCCUCUCCUUGCUUGUUUGAUUGGCUAGAAGUCAGAGAGGCGUCAGAGAAGACAUCUGCUGUCACAAGAUUUUGUGGCAAUGUUGCACCACCUACACUGAAUACAAAUAGCAGUACUGUGUUGGUGUCAUUUCACACUGAUGGGAAUAUUGGCGGCAAUGGGUUCAUUGCACAAUACCAUUCUAUAUUACCAGGACAGAAAAGCUGCUCCCGAGAUGAGUUUAUGUGUGAUGGUGGUCGUUGCUUACUACCUGUUUCCAUCUGUGACAGCCAGCCAAACUGUCAGGACCACUCAGAUGAAGUCAACUGUAGCCAGAAGCACAAGGUGUGUGGAGGGAAAAUAACAGGAGAAUAUGGAUCAUUGUCCAGUCCAAACCAUCCAAAGCCUUACCCACAUCAACAGUUGUGUACUUGGCAAAUAUCUGUGGAAGAUGGACAAGUUAUUCAACUAAGCUUUCAGAACUUCAGUCUGGAAACGCAAGAUGUCUGUGAGUUUGACUAUGUGGAGGUUUAUGACAGUACAGACACAGAUCCCAGCACUGUGCUGGGGAGGUAUUGUGGGUCAGAGCUGCCUCCCGAUCUUACCUCUUCUGGACCUGUGAUGACUGUUGUGUUUGUGGCAGAUGAAGGUGUUGCUGAUAGUGGUUUUUAUGCAUCAUUUAAGGCCAUAUCUCUCUCAGAAAGAACAUGCAGUCCAUCACAGUUUGCCUGUGGCACUGGGGAGUGUCUUCACCAGGAUUGGCUGUGUGAUGGAUGGAAUGACUGCGCAGAUGGUGCAGAUGAGCAUGACUGCAUUAACUCUACCUACCCUCCUUUCACUUCAUCUUGUGAGCCCAUCCAGGUUGAAAUGUGUAGAGGUCUAAGCUAUAAUCUUACAUCCUUUCCAAACAUCUGGGUGUCUAUUUCUGAUCAGAGAGAGGCUGCUUCUGUUCUGCACAAGUACAGGGUGCUGAUGGAGUUUGCCUGUUUUGAAUCUUUUCGGCGUCUAGUAUGCGGUAUGUUUUUGCCCCAUUGUAGCCCUCAGAGUGGAGUGCUGCAGCCAUGCCAAUCCAUCUGUUCCACGGCCGAGCAGCAAUGCAGUCAAGCUCUUACCCUGUUCAACCUGAACUGGCCCUUCAACUGCCACCUCUUGCCUGAUUCACAGGAUCCCAUGGAGUGUUCUCUUCCGUAGGACAAACAACUGUGUUGGUAGAUGCAGCACAACCUCAAACUCAAGCUG